UUAAACCUAAAAAAAAAUUCGAAGCGAGUCGUCUUCCUCACAGACAAUUUGCAGAGUCGCAAAUUUCUUCCGGUUCAGAAGUUUCCAGAUCUGGCACGCCUUGCUCCGCCUCGCUGCGCCUGGCCACGCCUUGCAACGCCUUCUUACGACUUCCCAGCGCUAAACGUGUAACUCGCUAAACAGCCGACCACCUCGGGCGUUUUCCUGCCGCCUAGCGCCGACGCGCUCUCCGAAGCGCGCGAAGGCAUGCCUUUGAAAACACUGAUAUCAUUACUUAUUAAUUUCCUUUUUUUAAAAUUAACAUUUGGCCGUUUCGAAGUUGAGAAAAAUGAUAAUAAUGCCUGAAGCAUGCCAUUUUGCAGAGAAAAGAGAGCAAGUUAAGGCAUGAUAUGUCCAUGUUAAUUGACAGAGAACAAGUCAGUCCAACUUCUGUUUCUCUCAGCUACUUAUUCUUUAGAGGAAAGAGAAAAAGGACAAGGAGUUUUCCGAUUUCUGUGACCGUGGAGAGAGUAGGAGAUGGUAUUGGAAUUUCGUGCAUGGCGAAGCGCCGUACCGUUUGCUGCCAUGGUAAUGGUUGAGUGCGCAGAAGUUGGAGUAUCAACCAUAAGCAAAGUGGCCAUGUCAAGAGGGAUGAGCCACUUUGUCUUCAUUGUCUACUACAAUGCCCUUGGUACCCUCAUGCUUCUCCCCUAUUUCAUCUUCCAAAGAAACAAACGAGCUCCUUUGAGUUUCAAACUCAUUUGCAGAUUCUUCCUCCUUGGCCUAAUAGGGAGUUCGGGGAAAAUUUUGUUUUUUGCUGGUGUCAAAAGCAGCUCACCUACUCUUGCAGCAGCAAUGGCAAAUCUUACCCCCAUAUUCACUUUCUUGCUUGCCAUAAUUUUCAGGAUGGAAAAGCUAGAUUUGAGAAAACCAACCAGUCAUGCCAAAUCCUUGGGCACCAUUGUAUCAGUGUUAGGGGCAUUGAUAGUGACCCUCUACAAGGGCCCUGCUCUUUUGAAGCCUUCUUCCUCACCUUCUGGCUUGACUCAUCAUCAGCCUCGCCUCUCACAACGAUCAAACUGGAUCUUUGGAGGACUUCUACUUGCAAUUCAAUGCCUCGUAUCUUCGACAUGGAACAUCGCGCAGGCAGCCGCUGUUAAGGAUUACCCUGAGGAAAUGACCAUAGUCUUCUUCUACACCCUCUUUUUGACAUGUCAAUGCUCAGUUAUCUCCUUAAUUGUGGAAAGGAACCCAGAUGCAUGGAAAUUGAAGCCUGGCAUUGAGAUGAUUGCUAUUGUGUACGCGGCAUUCUUUGUGAGUGUCUUCCGCAUCGGUGUUCAUGUCUGGUGCUUGCACAAGAAGGGUCCUGUCUAUGUAGCCAUGUUUAAGCCCUUAGGAAUCGCUAUUGCAGUGGCCAUGGUGGUUCUUUUCCUUGGCGAUGCUCUUUAUCUUGGCAGUGUGAUUGGAUCUUUUGUGAUUGCGCUUGGAUUUUAUACCGUGAUAUGUGCACAAAUCAAAGAAAAGAGGAUGGCUCUUGACAAUGGAGCUCAAAUAUUGGAACCAUCCACCCAGACCACUCCUCUGUUGCAAAGUAGCAGUAUCAAUCAAGUAUGAAGAGGCUAAUGUCUGGAAACUGAAGCAGCAAAAGUGAAAGUUAUAAGAAUGUGCAUGUAAAUUGCCCAUAUUAAUUAUAUGUAAAGACAAGAUUUUGUUAGCAUCAAGCACGAAAUUAGGAUUCAAAAAUGGAGUGGGCUAACUUUUAAGCCGAUUUUCGGAAA